UCCCUCGCUCCGACGCGCGAGACACCCGCCGCGCUGGGCGCCUCCGUUCUCUCCCCCCCGCAUCCCUUCGCCCUGCUUCUGUGAGCGACGCGGGCGGGGUGGAGGCCCCGUUCCCGCCCUCGCUGUCUCCGCUGAGGGGAGCGCGCGCCCGUCUCUCCCCCCCUCCCCCGCGCCCCUCUUCUCCCCCCGGGGCUCCCUUGAGGCGGCGGGGGCGACCCGUGCGCACGCGCGGGGGGCGAGGAGCGGCUGGCCCCCUUUCUGGCGCGACUUCGCCUUCUGCCUCCUCGUCGCCGGGCAUCCGCGGGCCCCCCAGUCGGGGUCCUCCCCCGAGCCUGGCCUCGUAGUCUCUGGCGGAGGGAGGGCUCGCCUCGGCCGCCGGAGGAAGCCCCGGAGCAGCCCGACAGUUUUCCAGGGCAGCAGUUAGGCACCACAUAUUGGGGUACCCUGAGAAUGCAGUUCACAUGACACCGCUCCUCGAGCAGAAGGGCACUGAGGACUUGAUUGUUCUCAAGAAGGUGCUGAAGAAAGGGAGGGGAGAACAUUGAAGGCCUUUGAAAGAUAUCCCCUCAUGAAGAGGAAUUAAAGCAACAGCCCCUAAUACUGCUGCUUCUACUGCCAAGUGUCUGAUCUUUCUGUAGACAGUGAAGGAACAUGCACGACUACAGAGCAAAUACUGUAGAUCUCCUCCUAAGUGGUACCGCGCAUUCCAAGGAAGCCUAAAGUCAGUGGAACUCUUUCAAGAUGUGUAGCUCCAUUGCGCCCAGGCUGUGGUUUUUGACUGAUCGCCGUAUCAGGGAAGACUACCCCCAGCAGGAAAUCCUGAGGGCGCUUAAAACCAAGUGUUGUGAAGAGGACCUGGACUUUCGGGCUUUGGUGAUGGAUGAAGUGGUCUUGACAAUUGAGCAAGGAAACUUGGGUCUUCGUGUUAAUGGGGAGCUCAUCACUGCUUACCCACAAGUCGUCGUGGUUCGUGUGCCAACACCAUGGGUGCAGAGCGACAGUGACGUUACAGUUCUUCGCCAUCUGGAGAAGAUGGGGUGCCGGCUGAUGAACCGUCCCCAAGCCAUACUCAACUGCGUCAACAAGUUUUGGACUUUUCAAGAACUGGCUGGCCAUGGCGUGCCUCUUCCGGAUACCUUCUCCUAUGGUGGUCAUGAAAAUUUUGCCAAAAUGAUUGAUGAAGCAGAAGUUUUGGAGUUCCCUAUGGUUGUGAAGAACACACGUGGUCACAGAGGCAAAGCUGUGUUUCUAGCAAGAGACAAGCACCACUUGGCCGACCUGAGCCAUCUAAUCCGUCAUGAGGCCCCUUAUCUAUUCCAGAAAUACAUCCAGGAGUCCCAUGGCAAAGAUGUGCGUGUCAUCGUAGUGGGAGGCCGUGUAGUGGGAACAAUGCUGCGUUGCUCAACAGAUGGUAGAAUGCAAAGCAAUUGCUCACUUGGUGGCAUAGGCAUGAUGUGCUCAUUGAGUGAACAAGGCAAGCAGCUGGCAAUCCAGGUGUCUAACAUCCUGGGGAUGGAUGUCUGUGGCAUCGACCUCCUAAUGAAGGAUGAUGGCUCAUUCUACGUCUGCGAGGCCAAUGCAAAUGUAGGUUUCAUUGCCUUUGACAAGGCUUGUAAUCUAGACGUAGCUGGUAUCAUAGCGGACUAUGCCGCUUCCCUUCUUCCCCCCGGUCGCUUGAUGCGACGCAUGUCCUUGCUCUCUGUGGUAUCCACGGCUAGCGAGACUAGCGAGCCAGAGCUGGGCCCUCCAGCUAGCGCCACUGUCGAUAACAUGAGCGCUAGCUCCAGCUCUGUCGACAGCGACCCUGAAACCACAGAGAGAGAGUUGCUCACCAAGCUCCCGGAGGGUCUAUUCAACAUGAACCAGCUAAUAGCCAAUGAGAUUAAGCUCCUGGUGGAGUGAUGCCACAAACGUGUAUAUAUAUAUAUGACCAACUUUCUUGUACAUUUUUUUUAAUGACCAACUUGUAGUGCUGUUUAUCAGAAGCAACUCAUGGGGAAUAGGGAAGGGGAGAAAGAUCCAAACACGCAUGUUCUGUGAAUGCUGCUUUUGCGACUUAUUAAACUGGCAGGACAUACUUUUCAUUUGUAUUUUGGGGAGCCAAUUGCAAUACCUAGUUAAAAGCCUGUAUUUCUAGGGGUAUAAAAACCUUUCUCUUUUGUUAGGGAUGCCACUGUGAUCUUAACACCCACUGCAGAGCAUGUGUGUUCAUAGGGUACUGUUUCAGCUUGAUAUGUGCUUUCAAAGGUUGUGUUGAGCCCUCCAGAGGCAUCUGUGAACUAAUGUUUCUGCAAACCGUUCCCCCGCCUUGUUGGAGCUCAGCCCUGUAGGUUGCUGUAUGUCCCUUGCUGUAUGUUCCGUAGGAGUUGAUGGGGGUCAGGGCAGCCUCUUUUCUUCCAAAGGCACGAAAUACCAGCAUUUCCCACCCUUAGUUCACUUGGAUUUGUAGGCUGUCGAAGAGCCUACAGGGGCCUUGGAGGGCAUAGCCUUUAAAACGCUUUAGUAGGGAACGGCAUUUGUUAGUUCAGUAUGAGCUUUUGAAGCAAACCUGCAACUUCUGCCAUCUCAGUAUUAACAAAUGGGUUUGUUCCAUAUUUGUUUAUAUUUAAAAAGAAAAAAAAAGUCCUUAAAGAGAAAGAUUUUAGCGUAUGUGUGUGGAAUUUUAAUUCGGGGUGGGGCGGGGGGCGGAGAGAAAAAGAUGUGUAAAAAUUUCAGACGUGCUUAUUAUUGAUGGCAGAAGCGGCAUCUUUCCUCUUGCACGAACGGCAAAGAUAAACAGCACUGUUCAUGUUUGGUGUACAAAAUAAUGUUUAAUCCAAUGUGAAAAAGAAUUACACUAGUUUAAAACAAA